GGCAAAUAUAGUAAAAGGGAUAUUCUGGUAGGACGUAUGCCUACCAUUAGUUCUGAAUACUGGUGAGGUUUUGAGGGCAAAAUGGCUGUGAUGAUUGGAAUCGCUUUCAGAGUUUCUUGGCUUUGUUGCCUGCUAAUUGGAGGGAUAACGUGUUCUACAUCAGAAGGUGAUUGGUCUCCUGCACUGGAUUCUAAUGCAGCAUGGCUCUAUGCAGGAUCACUUCCGUCUCUAGGAUAUGGCAAUUAUAAGUCUCAGACAUCUCAACUGCAAGCGCAACAGAAACAUCCGGCCGCCAUCCUGCGGAAGGAACUGGCCCCCAUGUCCCAGCAACCUCGGCAAGUGUGGCAUCAAGCUAACAUGCUGCAGCAGAAGCAACCGCCCGCCGUGCCCCAGCAAGUGUGGCAUCAAGCUCACAUGCUGACGCAACCACCGACCGCCGUGCCCCAGCAAGUGUGGCAUCCAGCUCAAAUUCCCCUGCAGCAGAAGGAACCGACCACCGUGCCCCAGCAAGUGUGGCAUCCAGCUCAAAUGCCCCUGCAGCAGAAGGAACCGACCGCCGUGCCCCAGCAAGUGUGGCAUCCUAAUCAAAUGCCCCAGAAGCAACGGAACGCCGUGCCCCAGCAAGUAUGGCAUCCUAAUAAAAUGCUGCAAAAGCAACCGACCGCCGUGCCCCAGCAAGUGUGGCAUCCUGCUCUAAUGCCCGUGCAGCAGAAGCAACCGACCGCCGUGCCCCAGCAAGUGUGGCAUCCAGCUCAAAUGCACCAGAAGCAACCGACUGCCAUGCCCCAGCAAGUGUGGAAUCCAUUUCACACACUGCAGAAGCAACCGACUGCCGUGCCCCAGCAAGUGUGGCAUCCUUCUCUAAUUCCCCUGCAGCAGAAGCAACCGACCGCCGUGCCCCAGCAAGUGUGGCAUCCAGCUCAAAUGCCCCAGAAGCAACCGACCGCCGUGCCCCAGCAAGUGUGGCAUCCUGCUCUAAUGCCCGUGCAGCAGAAGCAACCGACCGCCGUGCCCCAGCAAGUGUGGCAUCCAGCUCAAAUGCACCAGAAGCAACCGACUGCCAUGCCCCAGCAAGUGUGGAAUCCAUUUCACACACUGCAGAAGCAACCGACUGCCGUGCCCCAGCAAGUGUGGCAUCCUUCUCUAAUUCCCCUGCAGCAGAAGCAACCGACCGCCGUGCCCCAGCAAGUGUGGAAUCCUGCUCAAAUGCCCCUGCAGCAGAAGCAACCGACCGCCAUGCCCCUGCAGCAGAAGCAACCGACCGCCGUGCCCCAGCAAGUGUGGCAUCCUGCUCUAAUGCCCCUGCAGCAGAAGCAACCGACCGCCGUGCCCCAGCAAGUGUGGAAUCCAGUGCCCCAGCAAGUGUGGAAUCCAUUUCCACCUGCAGAAGCAACCGACUGCCAUGCCCCAGCAAGUGUGGCAUCCUACUCAAAUGCCCCUGCAGCAGAAGCAACCGACCGCCGUCCCCCAGCAAGUGUGGCAUCCUGCUCUAAUGCCCCUGCAGCCGAAGCAACUGACCGCCGUGCCCCAGCAAGUGUGGCAUCCUGCUCAAAUGCCCCUGCAGCAGAAGCAACCGACCGCCGUGCCCCAGCAAGUGUGGAAUCCAUUUCACACACUGCAGAAGCAACCGACCGCCGUGCCCCAGCAAGUGUGGCAUCCUACUCAAAUGCCCCUGCAGCAGAAGCAAUGCCCGACCGCCGUGCCCCAGCAAGUGUGGCAUCCUGCUCAAAUGCCCCUGCAGCAGAAGCAACCGACCACCGAAGCAACCGACCGCCCCCAGCAAGUGUGGCAUCCUGCUCUAAUGCCCCUGCAGCCGAAGCAACCGACCGCCGUGCCCCAGCAAGUGUGGCAUCCUGCUCAAAUGCCCCUGCAGCAGAAGCAACAGACCGCCGUGCCCCAGCAAGUGUGGAAUCCAUUUCACACACUGCAGAAGCAACCGACCGCCGUGCCCCAGCAACAGAAGCAACCGACCGCCGUGCCCCAGCAAGUGUGGCAUCCUGCUCUAAUUCCCCUGCAGCAGAAGCAACCGACCGCCGUGCCCCAGCAAGUGUGGCAUCCUGCUCUGCCCAGCAAUUCCCCUGCAGCAGAAGCAACCGACCGCCGUGCCCCAGCAAGUGUGGCAUCCUGCUCAGUUUCCCCAGCAGAAGCAACUAG